CGCCUCAGCGCCGCCGCCGCUCCUCCCGCCGCGGGGCGGGCAGUGCGCCUGUGCCGUGAGCCCGGCGGAGCCCGGCGCGGGGACGCGGCGCGGGAAGAUGGCGGAGCCGGGGGCUGCGCGGAGCCACCCGCGGGCGACAGUCAUUGAUGGAUUUCUAAAAACCGAUGAAAGACAAAGACUGGCAAAGGAGAGAAGAGAAGAAAGGGAGAAAUACCUUGCUGCUAGGGAACAGCAGAUACUGGAGAAGGAAAGAAGAGCAAAGCUUCAAUAUGAAAAGCAAAUGGAGGAGCGAUGGAGAAGGCUGGAGGAACAGAGGCAGAGAGAGGAGCAGAAGAGAGCAGCUGUUGAAGAAAAACGGAGACAAAAGCUUAAAGAGGAGGAGGAACGUUUAGAAGCCAUGAUGCGUAGGUCUCUUGAACGCAGCCAGCAGCUGGAACAGAAGCAAAAGCGAUGGUCGUGGGGAGGAGCACUGGCUGCAGGCUCAGGAGGGAGAGAUGGUGAAUCAGAAAAUACCCCACCCCCUGUUCUAGGUUUAGCUGCCAACACCCUUCCUCCAGACCCUGUGACCUCUACUGCUCCUGCUGAUUCCUUCAAUGCAUGUGACAAACUUUCAGCUUCUACAAUGAAUCUGCCAAAGCAAAUGGAAUCGCCAAUCAGUAAGCGCCUCUCCUCAUCCACAGCGGCAAUAACACAUUCCCCCGACAGAGCUCACCGCAUGCAUCUUAGUCCAAUGGAAAACUUUAUUGUUUCUCGACUGCUGACUCCCACACAGUCAUCUUUAGCCAGAAGCAGAAGUACAUUAAUGCUUUCUGAGCAGUACAAUAAUCCAGUAUUCCAUAUCUGUCCUCGUGUAGCACCAGCUAGUCCUCUUAAAUCUCCCUACAAGCCUUCCCCCACACGAAGCACUGACAGAAAGAAGGCGACUUCGCCCUCCACUUCCGAUGCCAUGAAAGGGGCAGCUGCAGCUGAAGCCACUCAGACUGAGAAGAUAAAGAAAGAGAAGCGACCUGCAACACCUAGUUCAUCGUCUGGUAUGGGAUCUCCUCUAAGAAGGUCUGAUUCUCCUGCUGCCAUGUCCAGAAGAUCUGCAUCACCUGCAACACCUAAGACAGUUGCAAAGACUUAUCCUCAGUCUCCUAAACAUGCCAAACAAUAUCCAGCUUCUCCUGUGAAGCAUCGUGCCACAUCUAAUCUCAACCAGGAAACUCCUAAAAAGAAAGCAGACAAGGAGAAAGAAAAUGUCAGUCAUCAAAAAUCCUCAGGAGCACGCACUGAUGAGGCAGCCCAGGUGGCUUCUGAGAAGCACGUGCCUUCUGCAGGGAAAACUGAAAGUAGUGAAGGGAAGAUCACAGCAGGAACAACUGAUGCAGAAGAAGCCUCAAAAAUCCUAGCUGAAAAAAGACGACAGGCUCGCCUGCAAAAAGAACAAGAAGAGAAGGAGAGACAGGAAAGAGAAGAACGGGAGAGGCUUGAAAGAGAGGAACAGAAAAGAAAGGCAGAAGAAGAAAGACUUCGUCUAGAGGAAGAGGCUCGUAAGAAGGAGGAGGAAAGAAAACGUGAAGAGGAAGCAGCUAGAAAAAAGGCAGAAGAGGAAGCCAGGAGAAGAGCUGAGGAAGAACAAAUGCUAAAAGAAAAGCAAGAAAAAGAACUGCAGGCCAAACUUGAGAAACAGAGGGAAGAAGCAGAAAUCAAAGCCCGUGAGGCAGCCGAACAACUUCGUCUUGAAAGGGAACAAAUCAUGCAGCAAAUUGAGCAAGAAAGACUGGAGCGGAAGAAGAGAAUAGAUGAAAUAAUGAAGAGAACAAGGAGGAGUGAAACACCAGAAAUAAAGAAGGAAGAGCCAAAACUGGAGGUACCAUCAAGUCUGAAUGUGGAGAAGCAACCAAAGACGCUUGUUCUCAACCAGCCAGAGAUCAAUGGAUUGGCAACCUGCCUGAAAAAUAAAAGCUUAGAAAGUGCUGCCUCUGUAAUCCCUUCCCAAGAUGUAGUUGCUAAUGGAUUAAAGUCAGUUCCAGGACUUAUUCAGCUGGAAGCUGUUGAUGGGAAACCAAACAACAUGGAAGAUUCAGCAGAUGAGGUUCAGUCCAUGGACGUGAGCCCAGUUUCAAAAGAAGAACUCAUCUCUAUCCCUGAAUAUUCACCCAUGAAUGAACUCAUGCCUGGUGUUUCUUUGGACCAAAACGGGACAAGUAAUUCCAAGGCUCUUGAAGAUCUCUUGGAUUUCACAGGCCAAGCUACAUACUCCAAGACAUCCAGUGAUACCAUUAGCCUAGAUGACUGUAACAAAAACUUGAUUGAGGGAUUUAACAGUCCAGGACAGGAAAAUACACUUAAUUCUAUCUGUUGACAACCUCACUUUUCAGCAGAAGAGAUAAAGAGCUAGCAGUUUAUGGAGGAUGUAUAUCCCUGCGAUGCUACUGGCAGUAAAAUAUGAACUUGUCACGUGAAAGAGCUUCUGCAGUCCUUGAACACUGGAUUUCAAAUAAUUAGAGCUGAAUAUAACAUUGUCUUUCUAGGGAACAUGUUGAAUAACUGGCUGUGUUUGGCAGAAACCAGUGAUCUAGAGCCUCAGUGGUUUCAGGGAAGACUUGAGUGUGCGUUAGAAUUUGAACUUUAGCUGCUAAUGAAAACACUUGUUUCUUCUUCUUUAAUUUAAAACUCAUCUCAAUGCUUCACUGUGAUUUUUACCAAUGCAUUUAAGCUUUAUCAUACAUCUAUUUAGACAUCUUUUUUUCAUGUAAAUAACGAUGAGGUUUGGUCACAGUGCAUUGAAAUGAAAUUAAUAUUCUGUACUUUAGUUUUGUGCCUAUCUUUUUUGUCUUCAAUAAGGAGUUACUGUCAACUUCUUAUGCAAAAGUAUAAUUCGAAAUUAUAACUGAAGAGGCUUGAAAAAUAUACAGCUGAUGGGAUCAAAAGAGCCACCUUAUGGACUAUGGAUUCUGGGAGCUAUCCUGUUAUGGUUACAUUGACACUUUUAGUCACUAGUGGCACUUACUGAUUAAUAUUAAUUAGCCCAGGAGCAACUAUAAGUUUUGUGUUUAAAAGCAUACUUGUGUAACACCUGUAAACAAAACAGGCACAAUGCCUGGUAUAAUCCCAUAAUAUAUAUGUAGUGUAGCUGUAGUAGAUCCGAGUGAGUGGUUGGGGGGUGAGAGAACAUGUUAAUCUUUGAAGAUGCAGACACUUGAUUGUUACCAGCAGGCUUUCUAUUAUCUAAAGAAGUAUUUUGGCUUCCUGUGGGCUCAAAAAAACAAGAUUUAGUCAGCAGCAAAACAGUACGUGGAUGUUGCAGCAGAAAUACAAAGGCUGAGGUGUGCAUGGGGAGCACUGCCAGCCCCUUAACAUUCUGUAAGCAUCUGUAUGGAAAAAUUCACAUCAGGAUGUAUAAAGUCUAGACAUUAUGUGCCAUACAGUGUUAACUUUAUUUCUGUUGGUGAACUAUGAUAACUUUAUGCUAGAUCAUAUGCUGCUUUGAGGACAUUUUUGUCCAGUUCACUGUAAGAAUAAAUUAUAAAUACAACUUUCUUUGGGCACUAACACAAAAGAAGGGAGAACUUAGGGUGGGGAGGGGUUUAUUCUUUUUUGCCUGUUUUCUUUUUUACACAUAAGGGAGUUCACAGUGUAGCUUGAGCUCAGUUGUAGCCCCGUUCUUGUGCUCUUUAAAGCCAGCAAUGGGAAAGUAACCAAUGACGUUAUGUGCGAUGUAUAGAAAAAUUGUACCUACAACAUCCAGCUCUAUUUAUGUUAGUGUACUUCAGAGGAAUACUUUCUUUUGGCUGUGCAGUAAGCUGUAGCAUGGUACUGUGUCUUCCAAAUUAGUCCUUCAUCUAUUUCCUAAGUAAUAAAACAGACAAAACCAGUUUGUUUUGCUGUGAUACAUUGUGUUUGACAAAUGUCACAUUAUAUUUUAUUAUGGUGUCAUUGUAUAACCUGUAGAUUUCUGUAUUUGCAUGACCUGUAUAGCAUGUAUAAAGGUGAAAUACAUUUUCGUUUAUGAAUCUAACUGUUGAUUUGUUCUGAGGUGUUUUCUGAAGGAGAGUGUGAUACUGAAUGAAGCAGUGGUUAUCAGAGGCCCAAAAUAUUUCACCAUUGUUUCCUUUGCCGUAUGCUAAUUUGCUGUCUGAGGUCUUGUCAAUACACAGAAGCAAUGCAGACUGGUGGCAGAAGAGCUUUAAGGUGACGGCUUCCAAACUGCAGCAUCCAGGGUGCUAGUGGCAGCAUCCAAGCCAUUUUGCAGCCCCAGCUUUGGCCCUCUGGGUUUUUACUUGGCAAAGAACAGAAGGAAAAGAAAACUUGGGAGCCGUGGCUGGUACACACUGUUCUGAUGAGCGUGCAAGAGCUGUUCUGUAAGGUUACCCGUAACACAAAUGCUGAACUUCUCUUCAAGUUGUGUACACACUGCUGCUUAGAAAGAGGCCAGCCUGGAGUGCUGUCAGUGUUCCUGUGGAUCAUGGAGGGGGAAACAUUCUACAAUUUUUUUAAAUUUGUUUUAAGUAUAACUUCAGUUAAAAUUAAUGAAUCUACUUUUAUUAUGAAGUAUAUUAAUACUUUCUGUGGUGACAGUGCAUCUCACUCUUAGUAAUUCUUGAAUUAUUCAUGCAAUUUGUCCACUCAAUUAUUUACUAAGAUUGAAGGAAGCAUAGUGAGUAGUGAUGAAGAAAGAUGUUGCAUGUUUUCCUUUAUAUUUGCUUUUAGAUGUAACAUUACAAAUUUGGCUGAACAUCUGGAGCAAGUACUAUUAGCUGAGAGGUUAAAUCAUCACAAGGAAGAAGUAGAAGUGAUUUAACUUCUUUAUGCCAAUAUCAAUGUUUGCUGCUGUGAUUCAAGUCUAUGCAGUGAACUUUACUUUUAAUUUGUUAGUGGUCUUGAAAGCGUAGUGAAGGAUCAUGAGUGAUUCACAUGAGUCCUUGGUAGAGCUUUUCUGCUAUAAAACACUUGAGAAGCAAGCUGUGAGAAGAAAUAAGAAAAAAAAUAAGCAGUAAUCCUUGAAUGGAUUUCUAUAUAUGGUUUUAUAAAUGAAUCAUAGAAUGCCAGGUUGGAAGGGACCUCAGGGAUCAUCUUGUCCAACCUUUUUAGGCAAUCUAUAGUUUAAAUGAGGUGGCCCAACACUCUGUCAGGCUGAGCUUUAGAAGUGUCAGAUGCAGAGGAAUCCACCACUUCCCUGUGAAGAUUAUUCCAAUGUUUAACUUUUCUCAUGGUGAAACUUUUUCUUCUGGAAUCUGAUUGGAAUCUCCCCAGGAGCAACUUGUAUCUAUUACCCCUUGUCUUUUCCAUGUGACUGCUUGUAAAAUGGGAGUCUCCAUCCUCUUUUAUAAUAGAUAGAUGGAUUUUUUUUUCACAUUACUCUUAGAAAUGAAUCUGCAUAACAGGAUGGUCGACACCAACCAGAAUUGGACACGGCUGCUGUCUUUUCUGUUUCAUUUUUUAUAACUAUUAGUAAGUUUUUAAUACAUAAAUAAAUAUUGCCUGUGAGGUAACUGGGUAUCACGGUAGCUCUUUAAUCAGGUUCAGCACUUGCUUUGGCUUUGCCUUGGGAAAUGACACCCAAAGCUUGUCUCUAGCCCCAGUAAAGGCCCUGAGCAGACCUCCUCGCUCCCCCGUGAGUUCGUUUCAAAACAAUGGCAUCUAUGAGGGGUGGAUCUGGACACCCAGGCUGCAUUUUCAUCUCGUGAUGAAGGAUUAGAAGAGGGGAAAUCAUCCUAUCUCCUGUAAUUGUAUGAAUUAUACAUGUGGAGAAAGCUCAGAAAUAGCACAGACUGCUACUCUGGUGGUGGUGUGGGGAUCUUCCCUCUGCACUGCUCAAAGAGCAGCACCUUUCCCUGCUUCCCACCCUACCAUGGCCCCAGAUGCGCCAGUGUAAACAGCUCAGGUGCCACUGCUACUUACCCCACUUGU